AAAAAAAGAAGACCAGCCCUGACCGGUCAGCACCUCUUGGAAUUGCCAGCACUAAUGGAGGCAGCAGGGAGUGGCUAGAGAUGAAUGCUAUGGAGGACAAGGAUGGUAGCAAAAAAGGAAAAACUAAACACAAACCAGGCAAUAGUCCAGAACUGCCAUCAAUUGUUGACUAUCACGUUAACAAGUCCUUUACCAUGAACACCAAUGAUAAUACUUAUGGCAACGGAUAUGACAGCUACAGUGGCGGCGACCCUAAUUUAAGUCGGGACAGCAUGUAUGACUAUGACAUUGAUGAUUCUGGUCCUCAUCGAGAGAUGGCUGUCGAUGUCCCGGAAAAUUUUAUUGCCAAUGUCAAAUCUGCACCACGCUAUCCCCCACCUUGGUCAACAGGGAGCUCAUCUCAUUCUGUGCAGUCACACUCAGAGACAAAUAACAAAGACAGGAAAGGACAAAAGGCAGAUACUCAGCAAAGUUCCGCGGUGUCCAACAGAGGCCCUAAACAGCAGCAGAGUAAUAUAGAGCAACAGCCAAGUGCCUACGAGCUGGAAAGAUUACAUCGCCACCAGGAGGCACUGAAGAAACGUAGGGAAGAAGAAAAAAGGUUGCAAGCAGAAGAGGAAUUUUUGAGAGCUUCUUUAAGAGAAUCAAAGAAAUUGCGGGCCCUGGAAAACAGUAGAUCUGUCGAAUCAGCACCUACAGGACUUGUGAACACUGGGUACGAUGGUGACGAAGAUGCUGUUGAAUCAAAAUCACAUUCUAGGACAGUAUCAGAUGUGAUGCCAAGGGAGCCAUAUCUGAGGAAAAAUAUAGGUGUAGAUGACUUGUUCUCAUGCCUUCAUUACAUUCGCAACAGUCUAACAACACCUGAGGAGCAGAAGUAUAUUUCUUUUUUGCGAUUACUCUUCCAAAAUGAAUACUUUCAACAGGCAGUCAGCCUCCACAGUCAGCUGGUUGAAAUAACUGCUAGGUCGCCUCCAGUUAAACCAGUGACUGAUGAGGCCGAGGAACUGCACAGUGAAGUCCAACAUUAUAUUGUACAAGCUCAUAACAAUGGCAAAGCCCAGCAACUGCUUUCACUGCUGCAGAAACCAAAUAUCAAAAAUCUACUCAUUGCACAUGACGCAGUAUCCCAGCAGGCACUGCAACCUGUAGAAGACAUUGAGGGCCAGGGAGAGCCAAUUGAUUACCCACUUCUACAGUAUGGGGAGGAUACUGUUAAGAUCAUUCACCUUGAGAAGACAGGAGAACACUUGGGAGCCACUGUAAAGAAUGAAGGAGAAUCUGUAAUAAUUGGUCGAAUUGUGAAAGGUGGUGUUGCAGAAAAGAGUGGACUCCUACAUGAGGGAGAUGAAGUUCUGGAGGUGAAUGGUAUUGACAUGAGAGGCAGGAACAUCAACGAUGUGUCAGAGAUGCUGGCAAACAUGACUGGAACAAUCACAUUCAUGAUCAUACCUGGCCACAGCCCUUCACCAAAUAACCGGCAGAAAUCAAACAAAGUGAUGCAUUUACGAGCACUUUUCUCAUAUGAACCCGAAGACGAUCCCUAUAUCCCCUGCCGAGAACUAGGCAUCAGUUUUUUAAAAGGGGAUAUCUUGCAUGCUAUUGCCCUUGAUGAUCCCAACUGGUGGCAGGCCUUUAGAGAAGAGGAGGAGGAGGAGCAUUCCUUGGCUGGCCUGAUACCUAGCAAGUCAUUUGCUGAACAACGUGAGGCUCUGAAAAUAUCUUUAGAAAAUAAAGAAAACAAGAGGAAACACAGAGUUUGUGCAUGCGGAAGAAAAGAUCACAAGAAUAAGAAAAAGAAGAAAUAUGUAAAUGGUGGCACUUCUGAAGAUUAUGAUGAGAUCCUUUCUUAUGAGGAAAUAGUCAGGUACUAUCCUCAGCCUAACAGAAAGCGACCUAUUGUUCUAAUUGGACCAUCCAAUGUUGGCCGUAAUGAGCUUCAGCAGAGACUUCUGGACUCAGAUGCGGACAGAUUUGGUGCUCCUGUGCCUCAUACCACAUGUCCGCCGCGGAGCAAUGAACUGCAAGAUGGAACUUACAAUCACAUCUCUCGUGAAGAAUUUAAUAUGAUGAUUCAGCAGAACCAGUUUGUGGAGUUUGGGUACCACCAGAAACACAUGUAUGGCACAUCUUUUGAUGCAGUCAGGGAUGUUAUAGCACAGGGCAAAGUUUGCUUGUUGAAAAUGCAACCAGAGACUUUGAAAGUGAUCCAUGCCUCUGAUUUGAUGCCAUAUGUAGUGUUUGUGCGCCCACCAAACUUAGAGAAAUUGGGGCGGCUACAAGAUCAGCUGAAAACACCAGUUGUAAAUGGAGUCAAGAAAGGAAAAGAGAGUCUGUCUGUUGAUGAACAGCUGAGAGGCAUAAUUGAUCAUUCACGUGAGAUUGAGGAGCAGUACGGACACCUGUUUGACUUCAUUCUUGUCAAUAGUGAUCUGGACCAGGCGUACACCGAGUUGUUGGCGGAAAUCAACAGAAUUGAAGUAGAGCCCCAGUGGGUGCCUGCAGCUUGGAUUAAGUAA